AUGUGGCGGCGAGGAAUGGCGAAAGCCUCCGAUGCUUUUCAGUCGUGGCGCUUGAUAGCCUACAGGCUCUCCUCCUCCUCCUCCUCCUCCUCCUCCUCGGCGGCGGAGGGCAUGUCCUCCGCCGUCAACUCUAUCUUGCUUCGUUCUCUCAAAGAACACUACCUUGAAGUCUCCAAAAUGACUCCCCCUCCGAAGGUGAGCCCUCCUAAGCCCUUCACCAUCGUGAAAGGUGCACUUGAUGGCAGUGGCCCUGUUCUAAAAAGAACUUAUGGUGAUGAGGAGAUCAGUCUCUAUGUGAUGCGGUUGGCUAACUAUAUUCCGGGUGGUGGGGAGGAUGAUGAUGAUGAUGAUGGAAUUAACCAGUUGUUCCUUCAUGUUGACAUCUCGAAGCCUGGGCAGGAGGAUUCUUUGCAUUUUCUUUGUGGGUUAUAUCCAGAUGCAUUGGGGAUUCAUUCAGUUUCAAUGAGGCCAAAGCUUGAAAAUUCUGGUUUUCUUGUAGUUCCAACCAAAUACAAUGGCCCUGUUUUUGAGUAA